UCUCUCUCUCUCUCUCUCUCUCCAGUGUUGCUCUACAGUGACUACACCUCCGCCAUUGUUGGCCUUCGCGUGUUGCAUCAAAACUAGAAGAAGCGAAGAACUAAUUCUUAAUGGGUCGGCAUCCCGAGGUUCUAUGGGCGCAGAGGUCGGGAAAGGUAUACCUGACCGUAUCUCUGCCGGACGCCAAGGACAUUUCGGUAAAAUGUGAAGCUGAGGGAUUCUUCAGUUUCUCUGCGGUUGGGGUUUGUGGAGAGCCCUUCAAUUUCACUCUCCAAUUCUAUGGCAAUAUUGCCCCUCAGGGAUGUAAGACGAAGACUGGUUUAAGGAACAUACUGUGCUCUAUCGAGAAAGAGGAGAAAGGAUGGUGGAAAAGACUACUGAGAUCUGAAGAAAAGCCUGCUCCGUACAUUAAGGUUGAUUGGAAUAAAUGGUGCGAUGAGGAUGACGAAGAAUCGGACUCAAACGUGGGUUCUGAUGAUGAUGAUAUUGUGUACACUGGUGAAAAUGAAGACAGCAGUGGUGACGAAGGGAUGCUUUAUCUGCCUGAUUUGGAGAAAGUUAGAGGUAAAUAAAGAAGAUCAAGUGCAAAUAACAUGGAAGUAGCAUCUUUUGAAACCAUGUCACACAUAUGAUUCUUCGUGUUUCUGUUUAGAUUCGAUCUAUUAAUAUUACAAUGGAUUCAUCCUAAGAAAUUAGUAGGCUAGCUUCUCAAUUUAGAGAUCACAUUAUUGUAUAGACUUUGAUCUCAAUCGUAACGAAAACAAUGCUUUUACGUUGGAUGAAGUACAAUUUUUAUAUCCACUAUCUAAAUAAUAUUUUCGGAUCGUGUGUUGCUAUUUU